ACAUGGGUUAGGGAGUCCAAAUAAGAAAACAGAGAUAUUUUAUAGAUGUUUGGGGACGAUCCGGACCCAUCGGUAACGCCAGCCUGAGUCGGGUUCGGACAGCUUUCGGACACGCGUGAGGGGUUUGAGUAUUGUGUAGAGAGGGUCAAACGAUCGGGCAACAAAAGAAUGGUCGGACUGAGAAAGGUCAACAGAGGCGAUGAAGAAGCGGCAACUACGACCGGACCACGAGUUUAAGAAAACAGCGGAUGCAAUGCGUAUGAUGCGAUGAUGAAUGCAACAAACAAAUAAAUACACGCGACGAUAACGAAAAGCAAGGAAGGCGUCUGGAGCGUCGGUCUUGGGGCGUUACAGGCGCCCUAUGGUCAGCAACAUCCGGCGCCAGCGGUGAGUCCCUGGUCCCCAUUUUUUGCAAUGUCUGAGCUUUUCUUCCUUCCUGACGCGAUAGGAGAGCCGUGACUGCUCGCGGCCUAACAAUUCCGUGAUGGACCGAGGACGCAUGUCUUGGCGAACGAGCACCCCGACUCGGACGAGGGCGAGUCCGUCGCCGAGAACGUGUGUGUGUGGGGGGGGGGGGGGCUGAAACACAGCCGGCUGGCGCUGAUGCCGACGCGGCACACCAUGCGGGUAAGUUCCGCAUCCAGGUCUUCUAUGCGACUGGACUGACGACGACGAGGGUCUGACGGGAGGUGGCGGUGCAGCGCCGCCGCCGGGAGUAGAUGUCAGCAUCGACCGGCCAAGGCGAUUGAAGAAGACGGCUGGGACUGGGCCGUCCCGCGAGCCGGCCUCACGGGAAAGAGUCGGUGGCGACACGGCCAACCGCGAAGCGCGUGGCGGAGGCGCAGCCGGCUCGGAUCAAGGCGCCGCCAAGAAGGCGCGCCGGGCCGCCCCAGCCGUGGCACCAAGAUGGGCCACCCCCAACGCCAUCGGGUAAGUGUACUUGCUGGUCUCCGUUCGCCGUUUGGCUAUAUCUCUCUCAUGUUGUCUUCACCAUGCGCAGGUCAACCCUCGAGCUGGCGCUGGCGGCGACAGCGGCUGCGUCCGGGAACGAGGUCAUUUUCAGGAAGACCCGGAGCAGCGCCCUCGAGCGUGGGCAAGAACCGCCCUGGGUGGACCUCGGCCUGGACCCAGCCGACAUGGAGCAGCUCGCCUGGAGGGACAUGGUGGCGGCCGAGGAGGACUUGGCGGCAGCCGAGAGGGCGGCGAGGGAGGCCUCGGCCUAGGCGUGGGCAAGGGCCGCCGAGGCGAGAGGGAGGACCGCUGUGGACCUUGCCUGGCCGGAGUGGGCGGAGGGCUCGGCAACGGCCACUACGAUUGUGGAGUUGCAGACAGACGAGGGGCACGACCUGGAGGGGUAGGCGGAGCCGGUCGACGGUGAUUCAGAAAACGUCGAGGAGAUCGUCGUGGACACGCCGCCCCGGAACGACCCGACAAGUGGGAACGAGGCCUGGGGAGGAGGUCGCGGGGAGGAUGCCCCUCGACCGAUGUGGUGUAGGCGACGCCGGCCAGCACGCCGGGAUCGAUGAUGGCCGUGGAGGAGCCGAAAGGAGGUAGCAGCUCCGUCGUGGUCGUGCCGCCAGAGGCCACCGUGAACAUGGAGUGAUCAUCGGGAAGUGGCCUUGCCACCGGGUCGCAGCAACCUUGGGCGGGCGCCGGCGAAGUCGUGGUUGGGCCGUGCGCCCAGGAGGAUGCAGCCACAGACGCUGUGCGCCAGAAGCUCUCGGUGCGCGAGAGCCGUCUGCAGGCCUUUGUCCAAAGCAAGAUGGAGUGGACGCGGGACCUGGAGCGCACCGUUGCGUUAAAGUCUUUCCUUUGGCUUGUUUUGCGGCCGAUCAGUGGGGGUGCGCCAAUGCACCCCUGGGUGUAGCCCCCAAGGCCCGGGCAGGCUGCAGAGCAGCCGGGUCAUGUCUUAUAUGCGCUUGUGCUUUCUGCUGAUACUUGUUCCUCCGUAGCAUGUGGAUGGUAUGCGGGUUGCGCGCACAACCGGCUUCUGGAGAAAUACCGGACCGCCACGGCGCAGCUUGCCGCCAAGGAGGAGGCACUUCGCCAAGCCCAAGCCGCCGUGGCCGAGAUGCCGGAUCUACGAACCUGGCUGGCCGAAGCCGACCAGCAGCGCGACCAAGCCACCGCUAACAACAACCAGCUUCGGGCCGAGGUGGAGCGGCCGAAUGCGGAGGCCGUCAAGGCGUCGGAGGCCCACCAGGCGGAGUUGGUCCAGCUGGCAGAUGAUCAUGGGAAGGCGGCCGCCACGAAGGACGCCGAGCUGAAGGUGGCCGUCGAGAAGGGCGCCGGGUUUGAGAAGGAGCUCGAGGCCCGUAACCGCGCAUGGGCCGUGCAGGAGAACGGGAUGAUGUGCGAAGCGCAACAUCUCGACGAGCUUCUCACUCGAUCUUCUCCGAAGACACAGGAGACGGCGGGGAAGAUGGUGCGCCUCCACCGGAUCGCCCAGGAGGACGCGGGCGUCGAUUUCGACCGGUUCGCCACUUGGUCCUUUACGGAGAUCAUCCUUGCUGCCGAGGCCCGCCUGAACGAGAUCGACAAGCAGAUGAAGAGGCUGUUCUCGGCCGGGUUGGGCAUGACGCACGCCCUUUGCCCGGAGGCGGUGGCGCCAACAGCGUCACGUGGCUGGCUCGUUGGCUGGAGGCCGACGUGCAACGACUCCAUGACUUUCUGCGGCUCGCGCGGGCACAAACUUGGCGCUGAGGUUCAUCAUGUCUUGGUACCCGGGCAUGGACCUGGACCAUCUGCCUGCUCGGGGGCCAUCCUCCCGACAAGUCCGGAAACACCAAGCAAAUUCCUCAUCACCGCAAAGGCUCCAACCACCAAUACCAGUCCUUAGAUCAAAGCUUCCAUGACAUUCUCUGCCUCUGACUUCACCAUGGAACGAAAAAGACAUGUCCCAUGAUGGCAACAAAUAGCAGAACUUCGCGCCGCUCCCUUCAGAAACCAAACGGUCGGAAAAAACAUGGGCACGCAUGAACGAAUCCCUUCCGAUCUAGCAAUCUCCAGGUAUGAGGCGCCCAAGGGAGUUCGCCGUCGGAGCCUUCCAGAACAUGACACUCCGGCCAGAUCAAGGAGGACACGCAUGAAGCAGAUCUUCGUCUUGGCGCGAGAGGAACCCUACGUCCGCCGCCUUUAUUAGGCAGAACGACGGCCCCCACGCUAUCGCCCGCUGGCUCCCAACAGCAGGCCAGAGAUCUGAGCGGACACCACCAUCACCACCCGCACCAUGCGGAGAUGAGGGGCUUAGCCGCGCCGAGUCCCCCAAACCAAGCGCCGUGCCACCCUCGCGGCCACAACGGUCGCCAAGGUCACCAAAGAAGACCGGGGCCGCUGACGCGGCGUCCAUGUCCGCCACGUGCACCUCGACGUCUAGGGCCGCCGAUCUGCAGCAGUCUGAGAUCCCGUCGCGUGGGGAUGAAAGGCCCGCGCCGCCACCCGCCGCGCCCGAGAUGAAGGCCCGCCGCCGCCGUCUGCCGCGCAGGCUUAGCCCGGUGACUUCCUCAGGCGGCGGCGGGGGACGAAGGUGG